AUGAUCCGUAUUGUAGUCAUCGGCGCAGGCCUCAUCGGUCCCCGCCACGCACAAUCUGUACAAACAAACCCAUCAACCCAGUUAACAGCCUUCGUCGAUCCCUCGCCAACCGCUCUUCCAAUCGCCCAAUCCUUUGCCGUCCCGUGCUUCCCCUCCCUGCAAUCUCUGCUCGAGUCUCUGCCCAAGGAACAACACCCGCACGCCGCCAUCAUCUGCACGCCGAAUCACACGCACGUUCCCGUCGCGAAGCAACUCAUUGCAGCGGGAAUCCACAUCCUGCUCGAGAAACCAGUCGGCGAUUCCAUCGAGUCUGCGCAGGAGCUCCUGUCCACGCUCAACGAGCCCCAGAAUAAGAAUAUCAAGGUUCUUGUUGGCCACCAUCGCCGCUUCAACUCUUAUGUGCAAACUACCAAAUCCCUCUUGACUUCAAAUUCGCUUGGCGCACCUAUCGCAGUAAACGGUCUCUGGACUCUACAGAAGCCUGAUGACUACUUCGCCCCGCCACUAGGCGCCUGGCGCGCCGAUAAAUCCAAGGGCGGCGUCUUCGGGAUUAACCUCAUUCACGACAUUGAUCUACUGCAUUUCUUCUUUGGGCCAAUUACCCGGGUCUAUGCAGAGCCCAUCAGCCCGCAGCGCCAGAGUUCGAACAGCGAGCAUACAGCUGAAGAAGGCGCUGCGUUAACGUUCCGCUUCGCAUCCGGUGUCGUGGGGACGUUCCUUGUCUGCGACGCGACGCCGUCCCCGCUGAACUUUGAGACAGGCACAGGCGAAAACCCGCUUAUUCCGCAAGUUGACCCAAAGCACAGCGCGAGUGACUGUUAUCGGAUCUUCGGUAGCGCGGCGUCGCUGUCUGUGCCGGACAUGACGAGGUGGAGUUAUGAUGGGAAGGCUGUGAAGGGCUGGAAUGGGGAUUUGGCUGUUGAGAAGGUGGACAUCGAGGGGGUGGAUGUGAAGCCGUUUGAUCGGCAGCUGGCGCAUUUUGUGGAUGUAUUAGAGGGAAGGACGGCAGAGGUUAGUUGUUCGGUUGAAGAGGGAGUGCGGGCGCUGUUGGUUGUUAGAGCUGCGAAGAGGUCGCUUGAGACCGGGCUGCCUGUGGAGGUUCUGUAG